CUUUAAUUACUGGUUAUUUCUUGUCUGCAUAUGCCAACAGGUGCAUUAGGGUUUUUGCUAGUUGAUCUAACAAUUUUCUCCUCGACCAUAUCUUAUCUUUACAUUAUCAACCUGUGUUUGCUUGUCUUACACCAUUCCUAACUCAUCUUUUGCCCUCCUUAAUUCCUCUUCAUAAUCAUCAUCUUUAUUUAUAUUUUGCUGGGUUAAAGGGAGUAUUUUUUUCAAGCAAGUCAGGAUCUUGAUUCUGGAGAAGAUGGCAAAGAGAAAAUUUUGGGUGGUUAAACAAUGACCAGUCAACAAAAGACAAAAGGGUGUUAGUUAAGUCAUUGCAAUGUGUGGACAAUUGCUUCAAUCCAAAGUAUGUGAUGUGUAAUGGACCAAUUAGCAAGCAGCAAUAAUGACUUCAACUGUACUUGUAUUCAUGGACUUAUCUGCAUCAUGGGCUACCUUUUGGUAAGCUAACAGGGCAUGGGAGUUGAUGAGGAAGAAGAAGAAGACUAUGUGGGUGAUGCUAAGUAGUAGUCAGAUGUGUCCUUGUGUUCAGCAGCCAUGCUCUGCUCCUCCUUCAGCACCAUCACCACAAUCUGGAACUAUGAAGAAAACUGGAAAUGAGUGGACUGCCUUGGCACAUAUUAUCACAGCAGUGAUAGGGUCAGGAGUUCUGUCAUUAGCAUGGAGUAUAGCUCAACUAGGGUGGAUUGCUGGCCCAAUAACUAUGCUGUGUUUUGCUUCUGUGACCCUUACCAGUGCAUUUCUUCUCUGCAACUGUUAUGAACUCACCGAUCCACACGGGAGGAUCACCAACAGGCAUGGCUCUUACCUCGAUGCUGUCCAGUCAAUUUUAGGAAAUAGAAACGCGUGGUUUUGUGGCAUCAUUGUUCGGAUAAAUUUCAUCAAGCUUGGAAUUGUGUACACAAUCACCUCUGCUAUUAGCAUCAGAGCAAUUCAGAAAUCAAACUGCUAUCAUGAUGAUGGACACGAGGCUGAGUGUCAGUACUCGAAUACUAAAUAUAUGAUCAUAUUUGGAUCAGUUCAAGCUAUAGUGUCUCAAAUUCCUGAUUUCCGAAAUACAGAAUGGCUAUCCAUAGUAGCUGCACUCAUGUCUUUUGCAUAUUCAUUUAUUGGAUCAGGACUUAGCUUAGCAAAAGUAAUAGAUAAUGGUGAAAUAAAGGGUGGCAUUGGAGGUUGGCCUUCUCCUAAUGCUGGUAAAAAGAUAUGGUCUAUUGCAGAGGCACUCGGAAACAUUGCAUUCGCCUUCCCAUUCUCGGUUAUUUUUUUAGAGAUACAGGAUACAUUGAAGGAACCUACAGAGAAGGUCACCAUGAAGAAGGCUUCAAUAAUGGCAGUCUGCACUACGACGUUUUUCUACCUAUGCUGUGGAGGAUUGGGUUAUGCAGCCUUUGGCACUAAAACUCCCGGGAACCUCUUGACAGGAUUUGGUUUUUAUGAUCCAUAUUGGCUCGUCGACUUUGCUAAUGCAUGCGUUGCUGUACACCUUGUUGGAGGAUAUCAGGUGUUCAGCCAGCCAUUGUAUGCAAUUACAGAGAAAUGGCUUCGCAAGAAACUUCCACAGAACCAGUUUUUUCAUGUGGAUUAUAAUCUGAAACUCAAUAAGCAUUUACCAGCUUUGAGAUUGAGCUUCCUGAGAGUGAUCUUUCGAACUAGCUAUGUUGCUGUGAUCACUGGGAUUGCCAUAUUGUUCCCUUACUUUAACCAGGUUGUGGGAGUUGCAGGAGCAAUCAACUUCUGGCCUAUAGUUGUGUACUUCCCUGUGGAGAUGUAUCUAAAGCAGAAAAAGAUUGAAUCUUGGACAACCAAGAAGAUUGUUCUUCGUACAUAUACCUACGUAUGCUUGCUUGUUAUCCUAUUUGCCUUUGUUGGUUCCAUCAGAGCUUUGAUUAUUGCUAGGUUCACCUAAAUUCUACGUGUUAGCUAGACAUGACAGCAUUUAAUUUUUAACAUUACUAGAUUGUAUUAAUAACAAACAAUCACAAGCUAAGGAUGGAUUUUCAUUAACAAAUUAAAAUUUCAGUUAUCGUGAAAUGCAUACUUUAAUAGGGUUUUCAUUCAAUUGUAUAAAAAAA